AUGGAACGGGAAUAUAUGGAGAAGGUCAACAACUACUGUCAGAAGCAGAAACUUAAACUGGUUUAUGCGGAAAUCGGGAAGACCGGCCCAUCUCAUGAUCCUGAGUUUACAGUUGUGGUUAAAAUAGACGAUGUAGAAUAUGGUAUGGGCACUGGUAAAAAUAAGAAGGAAGCAAAAGCAGUAGCAGCAAAAAAAACCUGGGAAAUGAUUGACAAACAGCCAGAGACUCCGUCAAAUAUGCAAGCUGCAGAAUUAAUGACAGCUCAAGUGAACUUAUCAGCUGUACAGCCCAGCGACUAUGUCAGCCUACUAAAUAUGUAUUCACAAAGGACGUUGCAAAUAGUUGAUUAUCCUGACAAAAAACGUACUGGAGAUGCCCACGCUCCUGUGUUUUCUUGUAGCUGUACAAUUAGUGGUUUUGUGUAUGGAACUGGCACUGGGACUUCUCUGGCUGCUGCAAAACAAGCUGCUGCAAAACAAGCGUUUGAGAAUCUAAAUGAGCAAGGCGCUCUAACAAUGGGAAGUGAAAAAUUUAACAGCAAUUCUACAUUUAGCGAAUAUAGUAAUGCCUCUCAAGUGCCAACUGAGUCUGAUUUCAAUAACAGCAGUAUUUGCUUUGAAGACUCCGAUGCAAAGUUGGCAGAAAAAAUGAAAGACGUGGCAGUAUGUGCAAAGCCUUCACCUCCUCAGCAAGAUGCACAAAGUUCUGCUCUGAAAUUCAAAAGAAAACUGGCAGUUAAUUUUGAUAAUGCAAGAAAAAAGGAAGAGAAAAGAAAGAUGUCAGAUUCAGAUGAAAGUUUGUCAGAUUUGGACAUAAACACCAGUGAUGAGAAUCGAAGUCCAUACACUGAGAAUAAAAGAUUUCUUGAGAAUUUUAAAAAUAUAGAGCCUAUUGGUGAAGGUGGUUUUGGGAAUGUUUUCAAAGCAACAGCAGAACUUGAUGAGAGAACCUAUGCAGUCAAACGAGUUCGCCUCACAAAGAAUGUAAAGCGUGAAGUAAAAGAACUUGCAAGACUUGACCACGAAAACAUAGUGCGGUAUUAUUGUAGCUGGAAAGGGUACGACUAUGUAACUUCUCCAGACUCAAGGCAGAGGUCAGACAAAAAAGUUCCAUGUCUUUUCAUCCAAAUGGAAUUAUGUGAACAAGGGCCAUUGGAAAACUGGGUUGAAAAGAACAGACGGCACCAAAAGUAUCAUGAGAUGGCACAGAACAAAUUUUUACAAAUACUGAAAGGAGUGGAAUAUAUUCAUUCUGAAGGGUUAAUUCAUCGAGACCUCAAGCCUCAGAAUAUAUUCAUAUCACAUGAAGAUAAAAUAAAAAUAGGCGACUUCGGUCUUGUGACUUCUGAGGCAUAUGGGACUCUGACUGAGAACAGAGGAACAAAAUCAUAUAUGGCACCAGAACAGUUCGGGGACAAAUAUGGAAAGGAAGUAGAUAUUUAUGCACUGGGAUUAAUUUGGUUUGAAAUUCUUUCGGCAUUCACUGGUCACGAGAAAACUAAGGUAUGGUAUGAUGUUAGAGAAGGUCGACUUCCAGAGAGCUUCACCAACCAAUUCCCAACACAGGCACCCAUUAUCAAAAAAAUGCUUUCAAGAGACUCUUCAGCAAGAUACUCUGCGUCUAAAAUACUUCAGAUUUUUAAGUCUGUUGAUAAACACAACUCAUUUAAAACUCAUACUCAGUAA